CUGCCAACAUGGCGGCGCCCAGGGAGGCAGGCCUGGCUGUGUCCGCGUAAAGGUUCGGGGAACGAGGAAUGCAGGAGCUGCAGGCCAGAGCCUGUGAGCAGGGAAGUGUCCCCAGCGGCAGCAGAGGAGAACGCCGGUAACCGGCAGGGGAUGGGCCUUGCUGACCCGAAGGAGAAGUCCGCGAGGGUCCCAGGCCACUUGGCUCUCCAGCCCCCCAGAAGCAUGGCAUCUGCCUGGCCCCGGCUGCACUUUUGUGCCUCACUUCUCACAAGGCGGCUGUGUGGCAGCCCCAAAGUCACCUUGUGGGCGUGGAAAGUGAUUCCAGGAUGGACCAGGACUAUUUACAGCGCCACGGGCGAGUGGACGAAAGAGUACACAGUGCAGACAAGACAGGCCGUCGAGGACUGGUGGCAUCAGCGAAUAAAGGAACAGGCCUCCAAAAUUUCAGAAGCUGAUAAAUCAAAGCCCAAGUUCUACCUGCUUUCCAUGUUCCCCUACCCUUCGGGCAAGCUGCACAUGGGCCACGUGCGUGUUUACACCAUCAGCGACACCAUCGCUCACUUCCAGAGGAUGCGAGGGAUGCAGGUCAUCCACCCCAUGGGGUGGGAUGCGUUUGGGUUACCUGCCGAAAACGCUGCCAUAGAGAGGAGCUUAGACCCACAAAGUUGGACGCAAAGUAAUAUCAAGCACAUGAGGAGCCAGCUUGACCGACUGGGCCUGUGCUUCAGCUGGGAUAGGGAGAUCACUACGUGUUUGCCAGAUUACUACAGAUGGACCCAGUACCUGUUCAUUAAACUCUAUGAAGCCGGACUGGCCUAUCAAAAGGAGGCCCUGGUCAACUGGGACCCGGUGGACGAGACAGUGCUCGCCAACGAGCAGGUGGAUGAGCACGGCUGUUCCUGGCGCUCGGGCGCAAAGGUGGAGCAGAGGUUCCUCAGGCAGUGGUUUAUCAAGACGACCGCCUAUGCAAAGGCCAUGCAGGACGCGCUGGCUGAGCUUCCGGAAUGGUACGGGAUCAAGGGCAUGCAGGCCCACUGGAUCGGGGACUGCGUGGGCUGCCACCUGGACUUCGCGCUAAAGGUGGACGGGCGUGACACUGGAGAGAAGCUGACUGCCUACACGGCCACCCCCGAGGCCAUCUAUGGCGCUUCGCACGUGGCCAUCGCCCCCUGCCACAGCCUCCUGCACAGGCGCAGCUCUCUGCGGGAGGCCUUGCUCGGGGCACAGGUGCCCGGGAAAGAUUGCCUCACUCCCGUGGUGGCUGUGAACAAGCUCACCUGGCAGGAGGUCCCUGUCAUCAUCCUGGCCGAAGCUGACCUCGGGGGCUCUCUGGAUUCCAAAAUAGGAAUUCCCAGCACCAGCCCGGAGGACGCCCGCCUGGCCCACGCCCUGCGCCUGACCUACUCCGACGUCAUCGAGACCCUGCCAGAUGGCACGGAAAGGCUGAGAAGUUCUGCCGAGUUCACAGGUCUCACGCGGCAGGAGGCCUUCCUGGCCGUCACCCGGAAAGCGCGGCAGAUGCGCGUGGGCGGCCACGUGACGAGCGACAAGCUGAAGGACUGGCUGAUCUCGCGGCAGCGGUACUGGGGCACGCCGAUCCCCGUCGUGCACUGCCCGGCCUGCGGCCCGGUGCCCGUGCCCCUCGAGGACCUGCCCGUGACCCUGCCCAGCUGCGCCUCCUUCACAGGCAAGGGCGGCUCCCCGCUGGCCGCGGCUUCCGAGUGGGUGAACUGCACCUGCCCGAGGUGCAAGGGAGCAGCCAGGAGAGAGACAGACACGAUGGACACCUUUGUUGACUCCGCGUGGUACUACUUCCGGUACACAGACCCCCGGAACGCUCACAGCCCUUUUGACACCGCGCUGGCAGACUUCUGGAUGCCUGUGGAUCUGUACAUCGGCGGGAAAGAACACGCUGUCAUGCACUUAUUCUAUGCAAGAUUCUUUAGUCAUUUUUGCCAUGACCAAAAAAUGGUCAGACACAGGGAGCCCUUCCACAAGCUGCUGGCACAGGGCCUCAUCAAGGGACAGACGUUCCGCCUGCCGUCCGGACAGUACCUGCCACGAGAGCAAGUGGACCUCACAGGUUCCGUUCCUGUUCACGCAGAGACCAGGGAGCCGCUGGUGGUGACGUGGGAGAAGAUGAGCAAGUCCAAGCACAACGGCCUGGACCCCGAGGAGGUGGUGGCGCAGUACGGGGUGGACACGACCCGGCUCUACCUGCUGUUCGCUGCGCCCCCCGAGAAGGACAUCCUGUGGGACGUGAAGAGUGACUGCCCACUUCACGGAGGACUUCGCCCUGAACUCCGUGAUCUCACAGCUCAUAGGACUCAGCAAUGCCCUCUGGCAAGCUUCUGCGCAAGUCGUCCGCCACAGCACUGAGUUCGAGGACGCGCUGAGCGCCCUGCUCGUGAUGACCGCCCCGCUGGCCCCACACCUGGCCUCGGAGCUCUGGGCAGGCCUGGCGCUGGUGCCCCGCAAACACUGUGCCCGCUACGCCUGGGACGACGACGUGCUGCUGCAGGCCUGGCCCACCGUGGACCCGCAGUUCCUACAGCAGCCGGACGAGGUGCAGAUGGUCGUCCUGAUCAACAACAAAGCCUGUGGCAAGGUCCCCGUGCCCCAGCAGGUGGCCCGAGACCAGGGCCGGGUCCAAGAGCUGGUUCUGCAGAGUGAGCUGGGCGCCCGGCUGCUGCAGGGCCGGAGCAUCCAGAAGGCCUUCCUGUCCCCCAGGACCGCCCUCAUCAACUUCCUGGUCCAGGAAUGACACGGCAGACCUUGGGUCGGGGCCUCACCUUCAUGCUGGGACAGGCCGGAGUCACAAGGCUGCUCGGUGUCACCUGGUGCAAGGGAGACGGUGACAGGACCCUGCGGUGCCCCUGAGCCCGUGCCAGGGUGGCACAGCUGCCUGGCCCCAGGUGUAGCCGAAGGAGGGCACAAGAUGGGGAAGCACGGGACAGGGACAGCGCCCCUGGAGCUCCGGGUCCAGCGCUGCCGCCCCCUUGCCAUGUGCCCAGAGCUGACACAACCUGAGGAGCGCACAGGCGCAGUGUGUUUGCCACUGUGACCUAUGAAGAGCCUCGGGGGGUGGCCAUCCGUCUCCCCGCCUCCCGGCCACCAGAAGCAGCUCAGAUCGCAUUCAGGGUCCAAGACGUGGCACCGCACCUGGGGCCAGAAGACGUCCCUCUGAUCCGGACACCAGCACCUGCACCCGCCGCCCCCACCUGCUUGCAGGCCUCUCCCUCCCGCCCCGGCUGGAUGCCAGCUGGCCGGACACAGACACGCAGCAGGUGCUGGGCAGAGCCUCGCUGUUCCCAGGGGUGGCCCAGCCCGGAGGCACCGGGACCCUUGAUGGCAAUGCCUGCACCGUCAUUGUGACCCCAGAGCCAGUCAUGACAGUGAGUGAGCACACAGCUGCCAGCUGUCACUUCCAGUGUCCAAGCCACUGCAGCCUGGCUGCUGGGGGACAGCCAGGAACAGGCCCCACUCCACAGAAGAGGCCAAUUCCGGUUUCAUGUGAUGUCAGCAACAGGGAGUUUUCGCCAGAGCUGGCCUGAGCCGCUGGUCCGUCUUUACCAUGCGGAGCCUGCUAGAUCGCCGUUGUUCUGUUCUCCGCGGCCCGCUGCUCCGAAGCGGCUGUGGUGUGCCCUGGAGCUCGGCAGCGGACAGAUGACCCUUCUGGUCUGAUAACAUGUCUGCCGCUCUUGUGGAGCUUGGCCUGGGGAUGACCACCCGCCCUCUGUUCUAGGUGUUGAUCAGGGACACUCGAGUCCCCCGCCACCAUCAGAAGCACGGGCAGCAGCUGAUGCUCGGGACGUGUGACGGAGCUGGGGGACCAUCUACCGCCCCCUGGGGACAACCACGCACCAAGCUCUCCACGCAGGCUGGGGCUCAGUGCCGUGCCUGUCCCCGGGACCCUGGGAUUGCAGUUUAACGGGGCUGGAAUGUAGCUUGGGCACCAGGGGCCCUCAGACCUCUGAAGGCGGGCUGGCACGUCGCUCCUCAUGCACACGGCCCUGGGUCUCAUCCCCGUACCUCACACGAACCUCCAUGCAGUUCUCAUGGGCAGCGAAAUUCGAGGGGCUCUAGAUCCAUGGGUGCCUUUCCGCCCAACCCAGGACCCGGGCGCAGUUAGGUGGUGGGAAGGAGUGGACGGUAGGGAAGCCAGGCCCAGGACCCCAAGGCGGGUCUGUACGAUGUUUGCAGGCCGGCCGGAGUGGACACGGCUGCCCUGCAUGGAGGAGCGGAUGCGGAUUAAACAGAAAUAAAUGGGUGUUUGGCAUAGGA